UAUUCGGUAGUGGGGCUUGAGGAUGUAUAUAUGCUGCUGAUCAGCUAUGAAAGGAAACAACUUCUCUGCUCGUUUCUUUUACUGAACUUUAUCUGGCUCCCCUGACUGAAUUCAUCUCUACAACGUUGGGUUAACUCUGGACACUGAAAUCCCAAACUCCAGCAAACAUCUGUGAGUUUGAGCACACUUUUAGUAACCAUCCCACCAAAAACAGAGUGUGGCUUGUCUGUCAGAAGCUGUAUGAAGAUGACCGUGUCUGUGGCUACUGUGCUGUUUCUGAUGACCGUUUCUUUCUCUAUAAGGAAGAGCAGUGGUCAAGUUUGGCCCCUGGACAUGGCUGAAAACUCCGUGGAUGACUCUUAUGAAGGCUGCAGGGACGCCAUGAAUAGAUUAGUGAUCUCAAAAUACAUUGAAGAUGAAAAAAAGAACACUCCUGGUUUUGCAGCUGGUUGGAAAAAAGCACUUAAGAACUGCGCAAAAAAUGGACUCAGUAUAAACCAGUCUGCUGCUAUAUACAUGUAUACAGCAGAUCCUAAAUAUAUGAAGGAUUGUUCACAUAAAAAAUUUAACAGUGCUACUCGUAAUGGAGCAGCAGCCUAUCAGUCAGGUGACUUUCAGUUUUACACACUGCAUUUCUUUCUGACUGAUGCUAUUCAACAACUCAAAAAACUCACAAAAAAACAAAGGUGUGUGACCACAUAUCGCAGAACUAAAGAUAAAUUUAAAACAGACGUUCUCAAGAAAAAAAUUCGAUUCGGGUCUUUCACUUCCAGCUCUUUCGACAAGAAUUUAGUUCAGUUUGGUAACGAGUCCUGUUUUCAGAUUAAAACAUGUUUUGGAGCCGCAAUAGAAAAUUUCUCAGCGAUAAAAUAUGAGAAAGAGGUGCUAAUUCCUCCAUAUGAGACCUUUCUCGUCACCGCCAUCAAAAAAAAAGACAAGAAAAAAGAUCUGUGGUGUAAUGUGGUCUAUGAACUCAAAAGUGCUGGUAAGAAGAGCAACCUUAAUUGCAAAAAAAUACCCAGUGGAUCAGCAUUAGUGCCAUCCUGUAGUGGAUUUGGCUGUUUUAUUCAUAAGAUGAUCAGAAUUCUUAAGACAAAAUUAAUCCCUUUGUGAUUUGUGAAACAAAGAGGAAUCACAGGAGCCAGGAUGUCU